GCCUCUCUCCUUCUUUUUCCCUCCGAUUAUGGCUGUACUAAGCGUGAUGUACAAACCAUGUAUAUCAUUAUUCAAUCGACUUGAGAAUUGGGUUAAACGACAGGGAAAGGAUUUGCCAAUUGAAACUGACUGGACAAACUCUACCAAAGGAUCUUGGUAUCUUCAUCCUCGGCAACAUGCAAUUGAAUUUCUAUUUCUAUCUAUUGGAUUUGCAUCCGCCACAGGCUAUUAUCUUUCCAAGAUACUUGAUCCAUCUAGCAUGACCUGGCGUAUAUUAAGCACAUUCAAACCUAUCGGCCCUGCCACACAAACAGAGCGACUUUUGACUCUUGCUUUAUUCGGUUCACUCUCUCUGACAUUUAUCCACAAGACUAUUAGAAAAAAUAAGAUGUUCAUGCUCCAGCCAUGCCAUAUGGGUGCAGGACUGUUGCUCCUCACCUUGUGCAACUCAAACAAGUCUUCCAUCAUCACCAACUUACUAUUCAACAUCUACCUGCAUACACAAUGGGGUGGUAUUGCCGCCUUGAUAUUUCCAGACUUGCGAGAUCAUUAUCUCUUGGGUGAGACAUUCAACUUUUUUGCUGAGCAUAUCUUGAUCCUGGUUGUGCCUGUGUACAUGAUAUAUAGCGGAAGAUAUUUAGUGAUACCCACAUCCAAAGACAUGGCACUGUUGUCCUUUUCUGUCUUUAGUUUCUUUCAUUCUCCCAUCUUGCAGCUCUGUGCCUUGAAAUCAGGGCAAAAUCUCAAUUACAUGUUUUCUCCUCCUCCAAUCAAACUUUUAUUCCGUUUUGGUCAGGGCUACAGGAUUGCCCUAUACUGUACUGCAUUUACUGCCAUAUUUGUCACUCGCUAUGCUCUAGUAGAAAGCAUCUUAUCUAUUGUACCUCGUAAAGUACUCACAUUAUAG